CGAAGAAAAGAGCAUCGGCUGCAGCGUGCUGGCAAAGUCAUAGUUGUCAUGGAGCAAUUCCUCCAUGCGGCACAACAACCAACCGAAGAUGACGACACCUCACCUGAGGAAGCCGACAGACUGCGGAAAGCGGCUUUGGAAGCGACGCUAUGGAUGCUUAUCGAACAGCGCUAUGCUAAUCCAGAAGCUAGAAAGGACUUGCGUCGUCACGCGCAUAAGAAGGUGGAUGAGGGUAAACCGCGAAGAAAGUACAGGAAGGAGGUGAAGCGGGCAUUCAAUCCACCAUUGACAGUGCUGGACGUGCAAGAUCGAUCGACGGUUGACCUAGUGCGCGACUAUUUGCCGGAUGAGGACGACGUCAGCUCGGCAACGAGUACGGAGUCAGACGAUGAGCAUGGGUCGGAUUCAAGUACUGAUUCGGAAGAUGGUGGUGCACGUGUGCGAGUACCGACAGCUUCUAGUACCGAAGAAAUUGAAGUCGAUGGGAAGAAGAUCAGAAGAAAAAAGCGGAAGGACGGUCAACCAGCACCGAGCGAUAGUGAUGGUAGCAGGAAAAGUGGGGGUAAUAAAGGAGGUCCUCUGGGUGGCAGAAAUAAGAUACCAGACCUCUCGAAAGCCAGGGCGAACGCUG